GAAACUGGAAAGACUGGUCUGAUUAAUUUAGGAAAUACUUGUUACAUGAACAGUGUGAUUCAAGCAUUAUUUAUGGCUACAGAUUUCAGAAGGCAUGUGUUAUCAUUAAAUCUAAAUGGGUGCAAUUUACUAAUGAGAAAAUUUCAACAUCUUUUUGCAUUUCUUGCUCAUACACAGAGGGAUGCCUAUGCUCCUCGCCUUUUCUUUGAGGCAUCUAGGCCUCUGUUUACUUCUAGAACUCAGCAGGACUGCUCUGAAUAUCUUAGGUUCCUUCUAGACAGGCUACAUGAAGAAGAGAGAACCUUGGAAGUUCCGUCUUCAUCAAAGCUUCCUGAGGAUAUGAAUGAAGAGUCCCUGGUCCAAGAAGUAGCCAACAAAUCUCAACUAUUUAUCAAGCAGUCAUGUUCAAUGACAGAGGAGAGAACCUUGAUAGAAAAAAUGUUUCAAGGGAAACUACAAACAAGCAUAUGCUGUUUAAAUUAAAGUACUUCUCAUAAAGAAGAAGCCUUCACAGAUCUUUCACUUGCUUUUUGUCCUCCAGUAUUCUUUAAAAACGUUGGUCCACCAACUGUAGAACAUUCGUCUGAUGAGAAAGAUGACUCCACGGAACAAAUCAGUGCUAGGGCAUUGAGCCCUGUGACAGAGAUGCCAUCCGGUGAUUCCUGUGAAAUGGUCACAAAUGAUGGGACUUUGAAAGAUGCCCCCACUGACUCAAAUUCUGAAAAUGUUACUGAUCCUUUUAUCUGUAAGACUGAAGUUGGGGAUAACUUGAAGAAACACGUCAAUGAAGUUACUCCUUCAGUUACUGAUUUGUUAAAUUAUUUUUUGGCACCUGAAGUUCUUAAAGGGGAUAACAAAUACUUUUGUGAAAAAUGUGCUUCCUUACAAAAUGCAGAAAAAAUUAUGCAAAUUGUAGAGGAGCCAGAAUACCUCAUCCUUACUCUUUUGAGAUUUUCAUAUGAUCCCAAGUGUCAUAUUAGGCAUAAAAUCCUAGACAAUGUGUCUCUUCCGCUUGUUCUAGAAUUACCUGUUAAUAGAACUCUCUCAUCCUUAAGUACAUUGUCAGGCAUUUGGUCUAUGAGUGUUGAGUUUUCUGACACGGGGGAGAAUUUGGCUAAAAAACUAAAGCCUUCUGGUGCUGAAGAAGUUGGUUGCCCUCAACUAAUCCCUUAUGUAUUAAGUUCUGUAGUUGUUCACUCUGGCAUAUCUUCUGAAAGUGGACAUUAUUAUUCUUAUGCAAGAAAUGUUGCUAAUUCAGGGUCUUUGCUAGGAUCUUUUGAUCAGUCCCAAACUAUGGCUUUAGCUUAUCCUUAG